CCCGGCCCCUGCAGCUGCCCCCCCGACGGCGCCCUGCGCUGCCCCGGGCCGCGGGCCGGCCUCAGCCGACUAUCACUCGCCUAUCUCCCUGUCAAAGUAAUCCCAUCUCAAGCUUUCAGAGGACUUAAUGAGGUCGUAAAAAUUGAAAUCUCUCAGAGUGAUUCCCUGGAAAGGAUAGAAGCUAAUGCCUUUGACAACCUCCUCAAUUUGUCUGAAAUACUAAUCCAGAACACCAAAAACCUGGUAUACAUUGAGCCUGGAGCAUUUACAAAUCUUCCCCGGUUAAAAUACCUGAGCAUCUGUAACACAGGCAUCCGAAAACUUCCAGAUGUUACGAAGAUCUUCUCCUCUGAAUUUAAUUUCAUUCUGGAAAUUUGCGAUAACUUACACAUAACCACCAUACCAGCAAAUGCUUUUCAAGGGAUGAAUAACGAAUCCAUGACACUCAAACUAUAUGGAAAUGGAUUUGAAGAAGUACAAAGUCAUGCAUUCAAUGGGACAACGCUGAUUUCACUGGAGCUCAAAGAAAACGUACACCUGGAAAGGAUCCACAACGGAGCCUUCUGGGGGGCCACAGGGCCGAGCAUCUUGGACAUUUCUUCUACAAAAUUGCAAGCCCUGCCAAGCUAUGGGCUGGAGUCCAUUCAGACGCUAAUUGCCACAUCAUCGUACUCUCUGAAAAAAUUGCCAUCAAGAGAAAAAUUUACCAAUCUCCUGGAUGCCACAUUGACUUACCCCAGCCACUGCUGUGCUUUUAGAAACUUGCCAACAAAAGAACAGAAUUUUUCAUUUUCCAUUUUUGAAAAUUUUUCCAAACAAUGUGAAAGCACAGUAAGGAAACCAAAUAAUGAAACACUUUAUUCUGUCAUCUUUGCCGACAGUGAACUGAGUGGCUGGGACUAUGAUUACGGUUUUUGCUCACCCAAGACACUCCGAUGUGCUCCUGAACCAGAUGCUUUUAAUCCCUGUGAAGAUAUCAUGGGCUAUGACUUCCUUAGAGUCCUGAUUUGGCUGAUCAAUAUCCUAGCCAUCAUGGGAAAUGUGACUGUCCUCUUUGUUCUCCUGACCAGUCGUUAUAAACUGACAGUGCCCCGUUUUCUCAUGUGCAAUCUCUCCUUUGCAGACUUUUGCAUGGGGCUCUAUCUGCUGCUCAUUGCCUCAGUUGAUUCCCAAACCAAAGGCCAGUAUUAUAACCACGCCAUAGAUUGGCAGACAGGGAGUGGAUGCAGCGCUGCUGGUUUUUUCACUGUAUUUGCAAGUGAGCUUUCUGUCUACACCCUCACCGUCAUCACUCUAGAAAGAUGGCACACCAUCACCUAUGCUAUUCAGCUGGACCAAAAGCUGCGAUUGAGACAUGCCAUCCCGAUUAUGCUUGGAGGAUGGUUCUUCUCUACUCUAAUUGCUAUGCUGCCCCUUGUGGGUGUCAGCAAUUACAUGAAGGUCAGCAUUUGCCUCCCCAUGGAUGUGGAAACCACUCUCUCACAAGUCUACAUAUUAACCAUCCUGAUACUCAAUGUGGUAGCCUUCAUCAUCAUUUGUGCUUGCUACAUUAAAAUUUAUUUUGCAGUUCAAAAUCCAGAACUAAUGGCUAGCAACAAAGAUACAAAGAUUGCUAAAAAAAUGGCGAUCCUCAUCUUCACCGAUUUCAUCUGCAUGGCACCUAUCUCUUUUUUCGCCAUCUCAGCUGCCUUCAAAGUGCCCCUUAUCACAGUAACCAACUCUAAAGUUUUACUUGUUCUUUUUUAUCCUGUCAAUUCUUGUGCCAAUCCAUUUUUGUAUGCGAUUUUCACAAAAGCGUUCCGAAGGGAUUUCUUUCUGUUGCUGAGCAAAUUUGGCUGCUGUAAACGUCGAGCUGAACUUUACAGAAACAAGGAUUUUUCAGCUUACACCUCCAACCGCAAAAAUGUCUUCAAUGGAUCAAAUAAGCCUUCUCAGUCUAUCUUGAAGUUGUCCACAUUGCACUGUCAAGAUACAGCUGUCCUAGACAAGAUUUGCAAUGGAAAGUGUUAACUGUUCUAUCAGUAACUGCAUUAUUGAAUUGUGCUUAUGUCUGUUAAAAAAAAAUUACCUGUACCAGUAAUUUUAACAAAAAGGGUUGGUUUUAAGAAAUUAUUUAUUCUUAGGCAUGCUGGGCAAGAGACCUCUAUCUAGCUCAAACUGUGGUCCAUGACCAGUACCAGUAUGAAAACCAUCUGUCAUGGGUACCUCAUGACAAAAUAUAGACGUUUGAGAGUGUUUAGAAGUUUUUAUAGCAAUUUGACACAGUAAUUUUGAAUCUAAUAUUGAAUCUGUUGAACCUAAUAUUUUAAAAAAUUGAGGCAUGGCUUUGAUUUUUUUGUGCAGUAAUUUUUAUUGCAUUCUACAAAAAUACUCAUUCAUAAUAGACUGAAAAUUUAAAAUAACUGGUCUUUUUCCUCAGACAGUUUGAGAAACACUCUAGAGAUGCACUGUCCUAUCUGGUAGCCGCUAGUCACAUGUGGCUAACUUAAAUAAAAAAUAAUUUCUCAGUUGCACUAGCCACAUUUCAAUUUCUCAAUAGCCACAUUUGACUAGGGAUACAGAACAUUUUCAUCACCGCAGAAAAUUCUAUUGGCACUGUUCUAGAGACUUUCAUCUAUCCCCUAUCUAGGUUCUAUUUACUUAAAAUUUAGUGUAAGGUAAACAUCUAAAGGAAAAUUUUGGCUUAUUUGCUUGGUGCAAUAUUUAGCCUCCAAAGAGCAACAAAACAUUAAAUUGUAGAUUGUAAACUCCUUGUGGGUAGGAACCAUCUCUUGGUCCACUUUGUUUCCUUGACUCCUACCUCAGGAUCUUGGCAAUGGUAUAUAACAAACAUGCUGAAGUAUUCUAAAGUUAUGAAACUUGUAAGAAAAAGAAUUUUUCUAGAGCCUUUAAGUGAAUGAAAAUAUUUAAAUAUUUAAAAAUACUUAAAAAUAAUUAACUUUCAUCAUUUGAAAGAUACAGAAAAAUACAUCCAAUAUUUGCUAGAAAGUAUUUUUACUCAUUAAAAAUGACUCUUCCGGGACAACAAAACUA